AAUAUAAACCAAAAACAAAAAGGAAAGGAUUUUUUUUAAGAUAGAAGAAAAAGAAAAAGAAAAAGCGCACUCUCUCUCUCACCCCCCGUGUUUCCCUCUCUUCUUUCUCUCUCUUCCAUUUCCAUGGUGCAACGGCCAGAACACACAGCGUCUCCGGAGAAAAGAUAAGAGAACAGAGCCAGCAGAAAACGGUGAUCGGAGCAGAAUCAGGGUUCCGAUACUGUCUGAAACUCGAAGAAUGCCAAUUUCGAGGUUCCACAUUCGGACCGAGCACAGCUUGGCCGAUCCGGAGCUCCACCGCGCCGCCGAUAAGGAUGAUCCCGAGGCUCUCCUCGAAGCCGUCGCCAUGGCUGGACUCGUCGGAGUCCUUCGCCAGCUCGGCGACCUUGCUCAGUUUGCUGCCGAGAUCUUCCAUGACUUGCAUGAAGAAGUAAUGGCCACUGCCGCGAGAGGCCACAGUCUUAUUUCUCGUGUUCAGCAACUUGAAGCUGAAGUUCCUGCACUCGAGAAAGCUUUUUUGUCACAAACUCAUCAUCAUUCAUUCUUUACAAAUGGAGGGAUUGAAUGGCAUCCUAAUCUCCAAUCUGAACAGAAUCUUGUUACUCGCGGAGACUUACCUCGAUUUAUAAUGGAUUCGUAUGAAGAAUGUCGUGCUCCCCCAAGGCUGUUCCUUCUAGACAAGUUUGAUGUGGCUGGGGCUGGGGCAUGUCUGAAGCGGUAUACUGAUCCAUCAUUCUUUAAAGUGGAGUCCUCUGUAAGAACAGUAGAAGUUCACAGGGAAAAAAGGAUUCGUAAGGUCAAGCAGAAGAAAGUAUCACAAUCAAGGAAUGGUACAAAACCUGAAGUUGUCUCAUCCCAUGCCAAACUGCACCAGUUGUUCCUUGAGGAGCGCAUUGAGAAUGCUUGCAAUGAUCCUGCACGUCUUGUGAAGUUGAAGAAAAAACAGUUGAAUGGAUCGGCAGUAGAUUCAAAGACUGGGAAAAGUUACAUGGAGAAGAUUUUUGAGAAUUCCUCACCAGAUCAUAAAAUGGUUUGUGAAGCCUCAAUCACUCCACACCCACUGAAAUCAAUGUUUGAUGCUGAUGACAAUGGGAUUACAGUACUUGAAAUCAGUAGUCUUAGCUCUGUGAAAAGGUCACCAGGAUAUGAAAGCAAAAGAUCAUCACCACUCAAUGAGCAGGAAUUAGAACUGAAACCAUACUCUGAAAUUGAUAGGGUGAGGAAUGGAGAUUUUGUGCAAGUGCAUGAAGAUGUCUUAGGAGGCGUGACACAUAAAACGCCUUUAAAUCAUCCCAAGGUACCUGAUGAGAGACAAUUGGUAGUUGAACAAAAGAACAGAGAAUGCAUCUUGGAUGGUUACCAUUCUGAUGACGUGACUAGCGAGGUUGAUGAUUACAUGGAUGCCUUAGCUUCCAUCGAAGAACUGGAAACAGAAAUUGAGUGUAGACCAAAGAAAAGCUUAUUCCAUAUUCAAAAGACAAGUGAUUCAAAUGGCAAAGAAGAACAUCAACUGCAAGCUCAAUUUUCAGAUUCUCAAUCAUUUGGGGACUCCUUGACAUCUGAAGAAAUUGAUUCAGUUGAUCAAGAUCGAAAUGAUGAACGUACCGAAGUGCAAGCUCAGCUGUCAGAUUCUCAAUCAACACGAAGCUCCAAUGCAUCAGAUGAUAGCAGAUCAUCCAGAAGAGUCAGAAUUGCUGAACGCACCCAACUGCAAACUCCGUUUUCAGAUUCUCAAUCUAUUGGAAACUCCUCCAUAUCAGAGAUUGAAUAUAUGCCAUCCAACCAGCUUGACCAAAAUGUUGAGUUGCAAAGUACUCAUUGUGGUGGGUUUGUCACGCAUGACAAAGGACAUGUUUAUGGAGAAGAUAUCUCUGGUUUUGGACCAGCUGCUUCUGUUUCAUGUCUAAUGGAUUCAGGACAUUCAUUGUUAUCUUUAGAUCCUGGGCCCCUCUCCUCAAUGUGCCUCCCUAUAAGGACUCAAUCUGGUGAAACACAAUCUGGCCCUGUUGAAACUCAUCAAAGCUUAGAAGAUGAUGAAGACAGGAAGUCACUUGUUGAAUCUGUGAUGAAAGAUGAUGCUUGCUCUAUUGUUUCUUCCAAUAACAAAUCUCUGGAUAGCUUGGAUGUUUGUGAUCCAUGUGUUAGUUCCAAUGCUUUAGAAGUUUUUAAUGAUUUGAACUUGGCACAGGAAGAUGAAUAUGGUAAUCAUUCUGCAAUAACAGUAUUGCAGGAAGAAUCUGCUAAUAAAUACUCUUCUGCAAUUUCGGAUUCCGGUGAUAUGGGUUUUCAAGGAGAGAAUCCAAUUUUCCCAUCCAUGAAAGCAGACUUGAAUUUGGGUACCAAGUUGGCACUUGGUGGCCGAGACUUUAAUUCUGAGAAUGGUGUAAAUGAAAUCCAACACAUCUCGGAGGAUUUGUCUCCUGCUUUGGAGACUCCACAAAUAAGUAACAUUACAGAGGAACUAUCGGAUUUUACUCUAAAUCAACCGGAUGAGCCACAUUCAGCAGAAUCUGAAGUUUUCUGUUCUGAGCAGCAAUCAACUUUUGAAGACAUACAAAGGAUGCUGCUUGCUGAUGAAAAAGGUGGAUCCAAAGUUGAAGAUGAUGUUCAUAUUAAAUAUCUGUCUUCCCUUGAUAACAAUAAGCAGGACAAUCUUGUCUUUGUAAAUGACAUGUCCACUGAAAAGGUUCAUUCAGAUCAGGCUUUUUCUGCUCUUCAUUUGGUUGAUAGUGCUGAAAAUGGUGCAAGUACUUUUAAUUCUCUGUCCUCAGGUUUUGUUUCUUCCCCAUCAAGGAAUGCUUCAGAUUUGAGUUCUUUUAGUUCCCAUCGGAAUGAAAUAAAAUACAAUGAGGCCGAUUUGACAAAAGUUUAUGUAGGAUUGAAUUCAGAGAAGAGGGUAAAUAAAUUGGAAUCGCCUUCAGACAUCAUAUCUUCUCCAGCUAAAAGGCUUACAGAUUUGGAAGAAUCUACAUUUGCAGAUUCUCAUGAGAAAGAGAUGGAAGUCAAUGAGGUAGUUCCUCAGAAAUAUUUGACAGCCUUAGUGGCCCCAAGGGUGGUGGAUCAACUUGAAAUUGGUUCUGCUGACAUACAGUCAAAUCCGAACAGAUCUGUACCCUGUGAUCCAUGUCAUUCUGAAAUAUGUAACAAUAUCCAAGAGGAGAGAAUUCAAAAUCUUUCUGCUGUCAGUGAAAUGAAAGUGGUGGACUCAAGUUCAGAGCUAGACUCUGAGAGGUCAGAAUCUGUAUGUCUUUCUCAGAAUGAUGUACAGAACAACAAAGAGAGUUUGUCAUCACCUUCCUUUAACCAGCUGAAGCCAGAAACACAUUCAGAGCUGAUCGUGGAAUCACCGGUUAAUCAACGGGAUGCAGAAGUUCAGCUCAGAAAUGAUGGAUACCAUGCCCUUGAGAAAUUUCAAUUUCAUCACCAAUCUUCAAGUCAGUUGGAACAACUAAGAAUCCAUCCAGAUGAACAGUCAUCAUUUGAUUUCUCGUCUAAGUCAUUUUUGCAGGAGACCAGUCCCACCAAGCAUGUCAUGCAUUCAUUGCAUCCCCUGAUUCCGGAGUUAACCAAUAAUCAGGAGGAGGUACCUCCUAUGCCCCCUUUACCACCAAUGCAGUGGAGAACGAGCAAGGUUCAACAUUCUUCCCUAGUUUCACAGAGGGAAGAAAUAGAAGCAACUCAUGCAUCAUUGCAACCAAUACAGCCAGUUAAACCUGAUGAUAAGUCUCAGUUUGGUUUAUCAACCUCUGAUAGAGACACUAUACUGUAUCAAAAUCCAUUUUUGCCUGUCAUGGCUGUGGAAAGCAGUAAACUCCAGCGUUCUCCUGGGUUUUUAGCUGGUUUACCAGAGCAUUCAGUUGCUAUUCCCUUGCAAUUUCCUAUCAUGAUAAAUAAAUCAAAUAGUCAAUAUAGUUACCUGGUUAUGGAAAAAAGCCAACAUCAGAACUCAUUUUUAACACUACCUGUGGUAUCUACGAGCAGGCCUCCACAUGGAUAUGUCAUUGCUUCAGAGGGAGAAACGGUACAGAGUGCAAGUCCAUGCACAUCAAUUCCACCUUCUGAACGUUGUGUUUCUGGAUCUUAUCCAAUCUCUCCACAAGACAAACCGAGUGCGUCUUCAAGUGAAUUAACAGAAAGGACUAGUUUGGAGGUCAAGGAUGAAUCUGGAGAAUCGCAUUUGAUGCCACCUACUGAACUUGCUGCUUCUGGAAAUGAUCUCACCUCAGCAAGAGAACAUAUCACCCCAAGACAAUUAACAGAAGAGACUAGUAGCUUAGAAGUUAAAACAUUUGAGCAGUCUUCGAUUUAUUCAGAAAGGAAACAGGGAGAUCCCUCUAUCUCACCAAUGGCACCACCAGGCAUAGAAGUUGGGCAGCCCAAUGACAGUCUGUUGCCUUCAAAGGGGGGAACGGCAUCGCCAUUGGAUAAAUCUUCCCGAACACCAGAGUUUGAUAAUAAAAUGCCAAAUGGAAAGCCGAAGAAUAAGAUUGUUCGUCCUGAGAGUCCUAUAAUUGAUAUUGUUGCUGCUCUUGACAGAAGCAAGCUGAGAAAAGUUUCCGAACGGAUUAUUCCUCCAAAACCACCCAAGUUAGAUGAAAGAGAUUCAUUGUUAGAGCAGAUAAGAUCAAAGUCCUUCAACUUGAGACCUGCUGCAGCUACACGACCCAUCAUGCAGGGUCCGAAAACAAAUUUGAGGGUUGCUGCCAUCUUGGAGAAAGCAAAUUCAAUUCGCCAGGCAUUGGCUGGAAGUGAUGAAGAUGAUGAUACAGAUAGUUGGAGUGAUUCUUGAGCGGGAAACACAAUACAUAUAAUUCUUUAUCUUACUCCAUGUUCAUAGUUCACUCGGGACAACUUAAGUCCCUUCCAGAGUUCGCUUAAUCACACACAUAUAGGUGCAUGAACUUAGGAACAAGCAUGCAGUGCGUUUAGUAUCACUUCAAAACUCAUCCAUUUUUUCGGUGGUGAAUACCGAUUCAGUCAAAGGCUCAGCCCGUUAUCGCUGACCAAUCUUAGACAAAUCAUCCACAUUUCCUUCUUUUUUUUAGAAAAAAAAAAUAAGUACGUGUAUAUUUGUGUUGAUGUGUUGUGCUUCAUGAUUACCCAAUUUUGUAAUAUAGUGGUUUCUCGUAAUUGCAUCAUGAACAUGUAUCAUCAUGUAGCUAAUAUGCUUGUGUCCAAUACCAUAGUAUAUUUUUAGACGCGAGUAAAAUUGCUUUGAAUGUAUA